ACACUUGAAACCCCGGUUGGUUUAAAGUGUGCCCUGCUUUCCUAACCAGAUGUGUCACUUCCGUCUUCAUAAGCUACUUUUUGUACAUUUUCACUCAGGCAGCCUGCGAGACAACUCCACCACAACACUCGGACCUGAGAGAAUUUCUUGAGGUGAAAGUGACAUAAUGCAGAACGUGAAGUGCAUGGUGGUCGGAGACAGCGGAGUAGGAAAGACCUACCUUCUUUACACCUACAUCAACAAAGUCUUUCCGAAGGAAUACAUACCAGGCUUCACGAACACGUACAGCACACAGGUCAGUGUAGACGGCCGGCAGGUCAGCCUUACUCUGCAGGACUCCGCCGGCGGCGAGCGCUACGAACACCUGCGUCCGCUCACCUACAUCCACGUCAAUGUCUUCAUCAUCUGCUUCUCCAUCGCUAGCCCGGCAUCCUUUGAGAACGUCAAGCGGAAAUGGAAACCGGAGAUUAAACACCAUUCCCCCGAUGUGCCCAUUCUCCUUUUGGGAACUAAGAGCGACCUGAGAGGCGAUCAGGACGUCCUGGAAAAACUGAAGGAGCAGAAUCAGACCCCAGUAACCAAACAGCAGGGAACCACAAUGGCCGAGCAAAUUGAGGCUGUAAAAUAUCUUGAGUGCGCCGCAAUCAACCAGGAGGGACUGAAUGAGGUGUUUGAUGAAGCGGUGCAUGCCUUCCUCAUUCAGUCAACGACCACCAAAAAACCCUGUGUUCUCUUGUAAGCUAAAUAUUCCAUUAGAAAUAAGUAAGUUCAUCUGAGAAUAUGUUUU